CUAUAUGAUACAAUAGGAAUAUAUAAAUACACAAUCAAUGAUAUAUCACCAUCGUUCUCACUCACUCUCUCUCACUGCGAUCAAUGCUGAUUUAGCCCCGCAGUUCUUGUUCAUCCUUCCGCUUAAACCUCCUCCACUUGUGAAUUCUAAACAAACACAUUCUUUUUAAACAAGUGGAUAAGACCCUCUUCAAUUUUCCACUCCAUAAUUUAAGGAAAUUCAAUUUCAUUUCUCAAUAUAAGCCUAACCCUUUUUUUUUAAAUAAAUUAAAAUAUAUAUUUACCACCAAACUCAGCCUAAUCAAAACCCUUCAACACAAUUCACAUCGUCUCAUAUUUCUCUCCAACGCGGUUUCUUCACAAAACAAAAGCUCAAAAAGUUUUUGUCUUUUUAGUCAAAAAAAAAAAGUUUUUGUUUUUGUUUUUAUUUUUAUUUUUAUUUUUUCAUCUCUUCUUCAUUAUUAUUGAUGGACUAUUGUCUAAGAGAAUUAGAAGGAAAACAAGCUCAUGACCCUUUAUUCAUGAAGAAAAUGAAUAACAACAAAUCAACAACAACAACAACAGACACGACAUCGUCGAUACAGUCUCGACGAUGUGUGUUUGUCCAUGGUCCAAUUAUCGUAGGAGCCGGACCUUCCGGCCUAGCGGCGGCGGCAUGUUUGAAACAAAAAAACAUUCCAUUUGUAAUUCUAGAAAGAUCUAAUUGCAUAGCUUCACUAUGGCAACUCAAAACUUAUGAUCGAUUACGUCUUCACCUUCCAAAACAAUUUUGUGAAUUACCCUUUAUGGAAUUUCCCUUUGAUUUCCCAACAUACCCUUCAAAGCAACAGUUUAUAAAGUAUUUGGAGAAUUAUGCGGAGAGGUUUAGUAUUAGGCCAAAAUUCAAUGAGACAGUGGAAAAUGCUGAAUUUGAUGGUGAUAUUGGUUGUUGGAGGUUGAGGUGUUUGAAUAGUAAUAAAGGGGGUGUAACGACGGAGUAUGUUUGUCGGUGGUUGAUCGUGGCGACCGGAGAAAAUGCCGAGGCGGUUGUGCCUAAUAUUGAAGGUGUAGAUGAAUUUGGAGGAGUUAUAAGACAUACAAGUUUGUAUAAAAGUGGUGAAGAGUUUAGAGGAAAAAAAGUUUUGGUUGUUGGCUGUGGAAAUUCUGGUAUGGAAGUUUGUUUGGAUCUUUGUAACUUUGAUGCUACUCCUUCUCUUGUGGUUAGAGAUUCAGUACACGUUCUACCACGAGAGAUGCUAGGAAAAUCAACUUUUGGGUUGUCCAUGUGGUUAUUAAAGUGGUUUCCAUUGGGAGUAGUGGAUAGGUUCUUGCUCAUAGUGUCAUGGCUUAUUUUUGGUGACACUGCUCAACUUGGUUUGGAUCGUCCUCGUUUGGGUCCCCUUCAACUCAAAAAUCUCUCCGGAAAGACCCCUGUCUUAGACGUGGGUACCCUUGCCAAGAUUAAAGCCGGACAUAUCAAGGUACGACCAAGCAUAAAGCGCCUAAAACGUCACACAGUGGAAUUCAUAGAUGGAAGAUCAGAAAAUUUUGAUGGCAUCAUAUUGGCAACUGGUUACAAAAGCAAUGUACCCUAUUGGCUCAAGGAAGAGGAUAUGUUUUCUAAGGAAGAUGGAUUUCCUACAAAGCCAUUUCCAAAUGGGUGGAAAGGUAAAAAUGGACUCUAUGCGGUGGGUUUUACCAAAAGAGGACUACAAGGUGCAUCUAUGGAUGCAAAAAGAAUAGCUGAUGAUAUUGAACAAUGUUUAGAAGCUAAGGCAAAACAUGGAUCAUAGACCAUUAUAUUAUACAUAGAGCAAUUUUUGCUCGCUCAAUUUUGCCACCAUUAAUUGCAAGCACUUGAUUUAUAUACAUACAUUUAGUUUUGGCUAAGUCAAAGACACAAAAGAGAAGGGAUCAUUUAAAAAAUGAUAAAUAUUAUUAGAACUCGAUUUUUCUACUAUUUCCGAUGAAAAGUUUCAACAGGAGAAAGAAAUACACAAUAAAUAAAAUAAUAUUAUUUAUUUGUGAUAUUUUUUUGUCCUACCGAAACUCUAUGAUUAAACAUAUUCAAAUUUUGAUUAUUGAUAUUUGAUUUUGGUUAAGUCGAA